AGUUUUCCAAUAAUAUUUAUUAACUUUUAACGUGGUCUAAUUUUAUAUUUUUAUUGCUUGUGACCUUCUUUUGGACCUGGUCUAAUGUGACAUUUCUAUUACAGGAUCUCCUUGCGAACACGACGGUAUUUGCGUGAACACACCAGGCAGCUUCGCUUGCAACUGCGCCCAAGGCUUCACAGGACCACGAUGUGAAACGAACGUGAACGAAUGCGAAAGUCAUCCGUGUCAUAAUGACGGAUCGUGUUUGGACGAUCCUGGAACGUUCAGAUGCGUCUGUAUGCCAGGUUUCACGGGUACCCAGUGUGAAAUAGAUAUAGACGAGUGUAAAGAUAAACCGUGUUUGAAUGGUGGCAAGUGUCAUGACUACAUCAACAGCUUCAAAUGCACCUGCGAUACUGGAUUCACUGGUUCUCGUUGCCAGGUCAACAUCGACGAUUGUGUUUCAAAUCCUUGUAGAAAUGGUGGGGUGUGCCAUGAUGCCAUCGCUGGCUACACUUGCGAAUGUCCCCCCGGCUUCACGGGAAUGUCCUGCGAGACGAACAUCAACGAUUGCCAGUCCUCCCCGUGCUUGCACGGCGAAUGCAUCGACGGCGAGAACUCUUUCACUUGCACCUGUCAUCCAGGAUACUCAGGACACCUCUGCCAACAUCAGAUCAACGAGUGCGAAUCCAAUCCUUGCCAGUAUGGCGGGCUGUGUCAGGAUUUGAUCAACGGGUACCAGUGUCUGUGCAAGGCCGGCACGUCUGGUCCCAAUUGCGAGAUCAACGUCAACGAAUGCUACAGCAAUCCGUGCAGGAAUAAUGCUAGGUGCAUAGAUGGAAUCAACAGCUACACAUGCGAAUGCCUGCCAGGUUUCACAGGACGUCAUUGCGAGAAUGAUAUCGAUGAAUGUGCCUCAAAUCCUUGUGCAAAUGGAGGCGUUUGCAUUGACCUAGUCAAUGGGUUCAGAUGUGAAUGUCCACGAGGGUACUUUGAUGCCAGAUGCCUAAGCGAUGUUGACGAGUGCAAAUCCAAUCCCUGUAAACAUGGCGGAAGUUGCGAAGACGGAGUCAACCAGUACAUUUGCCAUUGUUUGCCAGGAUAUGGCGGCAAGCAAUGUGAGAUCAACAUGGACGAAUGUGCUUCCAAUCCUUGUCAACAUGGUGGGGUUUGCAGAGACCAUUUGGCUUCCUAUACUUGUGACUGUGUUCCAGGCUAUACAGGUACAAACUGCGAGACGAACAUCGACGACUGCGCUGUCAACCCAUGCAAGAACGGUGGCUCCUGUAUAGACCUAGUGGAUGACUUCAAAUGCGUUUGCGAGCUACCCUUUACCGGCAGAGAAUGCGAGGACAAACUAGACCCCUGUUCUCCAAAUGUUUGCAGACAUGGAGCUAAAUGUACACCGAGCCUGAACUACCUGGACUUCGCUUGCUCAUGUACGAUAGGCUACACUGGAAGGUUCUGUGAGCAAGAUGUUGACGAGUGUGUGGUGUCAAAACCCUGUAGGAAUGGCGCAACUUGCAGAAAUACUAACGGAUCAUAUCAAUGUUUAUGUCAACGAGGCUACGAAGGCAAAGAUUGUUCCAUCAAUACUGAUGAUUGUGCAUCAUCUCCUUGUCAAAACGGUGGAACUUGCUUGGAUGGAGUAGGCGAAUUCACUUGUCUUUGCGUGAAUGGUUUCGAAGGCAAACAGUGCGAGAUCGAUAUUGAUGAAUGUGAAUCGAAUCCCUGUCAAAAUGGCGCCACUUGCAACCAGUACGUCGAUUCCUACACGUGCACUUGCCCAUUAGGUUUCUCGGGCAUCAACUGUCAAGUCAACGACGAAGACUGCACUGAGACGAGUUGCAUGUAUGGCGGAACUUGCAUCGAUGGGAUCAACUCUUAUACUUGUACCUGUAAACCUGGAUACACUGGAUCGAACUGUCAAAACCGCAUCAAUCUCUGCGAUAGCUCUCCUUGUCGGAAUGGCGCUACCUGUCAAGAUCACACCACCCACUACACCUGUCACUGUCCAUAUGGAUAUACCGGCAAGGACUGCGGCGAAUAUGUAGAUUGGUGCGCCACCAAUCCUUGCGAAAAUCAUUCAACUUGCCGCCAAGUCAAGAACCAGUACCAAUGCACUUGUGGACCCGGCUGGACCGGCAAGGUAUGUGACGUUGAGAUGGUUAGCUGCAAAGACGCCGCAGCAAGAAAAGGAGUCUCCUGGAAGUUGCUAUGCAACAACGGCACAUGCGAGACAAUAGGAAACUCCCAUAGAUGUCACUGUAAGGAGGGAUACACCGGCUCCUACUGCCAAACGGAAAUCAACGAGUGCGACUCGGCGCCGUGUCAAAACGGUGCCACCUGCAAAGAUCUGAUUGGAUCGUACUCCUGCGAAUGUCCUGAAGGUUUCCAAGGCCAGAACUGUGAAUUGAACGUGGAUGACUGCCAGCCAAAUCCGUGUCAAAAUGGAGGCACCUGUCAUGAUCUGGUCAAAGAUUUCUUGUGCUCAUGUCCGCCUGGAACUCUCGGAUACAUAUGCGAGGUUAACAUCGACGAUUGUCGUCCAGAUGCGUGUCACAACAACGGAACGUGCAUUGAUAAAGUCGGCGGAUUCGAGUGCAAGUGCCCUCCUGGGUUUGUGGGACCACGUUGCGAAGGUGACAUUAACGAGUGCCUCUCGAACCCCUGCUCGAACCCGGGCACUUUGGACUGCGUGCAACUAGUCAACGAUUACCACUGUAACUGCAAACCAGGAUACAUGGGUAGACACUGCGAGAGGAAGGUCAAUUUCUGUGCUGCUUCGCCAUGUCAAAAUGGAGGCGUGUGUACAACUGUCCACUCCGGUCACAAAUGUACCUGCGCGGAAGGUUUCUUCGGCAAGAACUGCGAGUUCAGUGGAUACGACUGUGAUUCCGAACCCUGUCAGAAUGGCGGCGUAUGCAGGAUAGCAGACAGCGGAGGGUACGUUUGCGACUGUCCACAUGGUUCCUCUGGUAUUAACUGCGAGAUGGAUAUCGUAAACGAAUGCGAUAGCAAUCCUUGCAGACACCCAGAUGCCGUCUGUCAAAAUAAGAUUGGAGACUACGACUGUUACUGUCCACCAAAGCACGUCGGAAAGAACUGUGAGAUUUACGACAGAUUUGCACCAGCUGGUAUAGGCAGGGUUGUCAGACCUAAGCAGGACUUUAGCAACUAUGCCCAAGACCUCGAGAAGCAAAGACAACAAUGCCUUAGGAACAACUGUCCAAUGAAACGAGGCAACAUGAAAUGCGACGAAGAAUGCAACACCUACGCAUGCGACUUCGAUGGAAACGACUGUUCGUUUGGUAUCAAUCCAUGGGCUAACUGCACCGCUCCCAUAAGAUGCUGGGAGGUAUUUGGCGACAACGUUUGUAACGAAGACUGUAACAAUGCUGAGUGUUUGUUUGACGGUAGAGAUUGUGAGAAGAAGCUUCAGGGUUGUAACCCUAUCUACGAUGACUACUGCAAAAACCACUAUGCGAACGGAUAUUGCGACUAUGGUUGCAACAAUGCUGAGUGCAACUGGGAUGGUUUGGAUUGUGACAAGGCACCUCCGGAUAUCGCAGAAGGUGUAAUAUCUGUUGUGGUGCUGAUGGACAUGGAAAGUUUCAAGAAACAAAUGGUAGAUUUCCUUCGAGACACAAGCAGGCAACUGAGAACGGUUGUAAAGGUGAAGAAAGAUCACUUAGGCAACGACAUGAUCUACCCAUGGGUCGGUUCAACACAAAGUGGUGGAUUGCAGGACGAUUACUACAAAAGGAAACAUCAUAUUGCAUUUUCUGAACAGUCCCAAACAGGUGUGAAGGUAUUCUUGGAGAUUGACAACAGGAAAUGCAGUACAAUGUCAGACUCCUCCGCAUGUUUCCAAACCGCAAGUGCCGCCGCAGAGUUCUUGGCUGCUAAAGCUUCUAAACAUACCCUCUCCACUUCCGUUCCAAUCUUCCAAGUCAGCGGAUCGACUGGAGUGGAAGAUAGCCCAGGAGCGAAUGCAAAAUACGUCCUCAUAGGAAUUUUGCUGGUUAUCUGCUUGAGCGCUGUCAUCUUCGUCGUGAUUCAAACUCAAAGGAAGCGGGCUGCGGGCAUAACAUGGUUCCCGGAAGGUUUCUUCACCGCCAACUCCGGAACCAGGAGAAGAUCGCGGAGGCGAGGACCCGAGGGCCAAGAGCUGAGGAACUUGAGCAAAGGCCCGUCGAUACCAGGCAUGGAGAUGGAUCCUAACGGACCCCACGGCCACGUGCCCCAAUGGUCUGACGACGAAAGCGACAUGCCACAACCGAAACGGUUCCGCGGAAAUGACCUAGGGUACUCAAGCGAUCACACAGCUAUCACGGACUACGAAGAGGCGGAACCAAGAUGGACACAACAGCACCUGGAGGCAGCUGAUAUCCGACCUCCAGCAAUGCUCACGCCUCCGCAACAGGGCAAUGAGCAUAAUGACAUCAAUGCUAGAGGUCCUUGCGGCAUGACGCCCAUCAUGGUUGCAGCAGUACGAGGCGGAGGGAUAGACACUGGUAUAGAUGAAGAUGACGACGAUAGCGCUGGAGCUAUCAUACAGGAUUUGGUGGCUCAAGGCGCCGAGCUCAAUGCUACUAUGGAUAAGACCGGGGAGACAUCGCUGCAUCUUGCUGCCAGGUACGCUAGAGCAGACGCAGCGAAACGCCUCCUAGACGCAGGUGCGGACGCUAAUGCGCAAGACAACACUGGACGGACGCCUUUGCACGCUGCAGUGGCAGCAGAUGCUCUUGGAGUCUUCCAGAUUCUGCUGCGCAACAGGGCUACCAAUCUCAACGCACGUAUGCACGAGGGCACCACACCUCUUAUACUUGCGGCCAGGCUAGCUAUUGAGGGCAUGGUGCAAGACCUAAUCAGCGCGGAGGCAGACAUAAACGCAGCCGACAACAGCGGCAAGACAGCGCUCCACUGGGCUGCUGCCGUCAACAACGUGGAGGCGGUCAACAUCCUUUUGGCACACGGGGCCAACAGGGACGCGCAGGAUGACAAGGACGAAACGCCGCUGUUCCUAGCGGCACGCGAGGGCUCCUAUCAGGCCUGUAAGGCAUUGCUAGAGGCCUACGCCAACAAGGAGAUCACUGACCAUAUGGACCGGCUGCCGAGAGAUGUGGCCAGCGAAAGGCUGCAUCAUGACAUUGUCCGGUUGCUGGACGAGUACGUGCCUCGCAGUCCACAGAUGGUCAACGUUAUGACCUCCAACAACAACAUGAUGACUUCAACGGGUCACAUGCUGCAACAACCUACAGUGAUCAUGCCCAAACGUCAAAAAUCGAAGAGGCCGAGCAAAAGCAACGGCCCAACGAGUCCUGAGGGAGAGGGGAUAGGCAAUGCUGGAAGCAUCCGGCGGAAGCCUAGCGUCAAGAAGAACCAAAAGAAGACUCCUCCACACACAGAGGUCUCACCGAGCGUUGAUUCCAUCACCUCAACGUUGAGUCCGGUCGAGUCGCCCAUGACAAACUUGCCCAGCCCAUACGAUACCACGUCUAUCUAUUCCAACAUGAACCUUGCCCAAGGUCUGGAAAACCUGUUGGCGAACAAACAGCCACCGAGCUACGAGGAUGUCGUGAAGAACAACAUGGGGUUUACGUUCGACAACUACGGAGCGUUCAACAUCUUCCAGGAUCAGUUGUUGAUGCAGCAACGACAGAUGCAGGCGAAUACGUUGAGCCCUCCCUACUCGAAUCAGUCGCCGCCGCACUCGGUUCAGUCCAACAUGUCGCUCUCACCGCAAGGGUACAAUGGUUCCCCGUCCCCAGCCAAGAAUCGGCCAUCCCUGCCAACCAGUCCGACACAUAUUGCGGCGAUGCGUGCUGCGACCCAACAGAAACACGGCGGUGUGCCACAAACGCAGAACCUGCAGAUGGGCUUCGACUUCAGCCAAACUGGACUCGAUCUGUCGAUGGCCUUCCCAGGUAUGCAGGGUACUGCGGCGACGCCUGCCAGCCUCCAACCCCAACAAUUCCAGCAACAGCCCCAACAACAGCAACAGACGAGCGCCACGCAGCAACAUCAGAAUUUUUACCUGACGCCGCCGUCUGAGCACUUGCUUCCCGAGAACUUCCCGACGCCGUCACCCGAAAGUCCAGGCCACUGGUCGAGCAGUUCGCCCAAGUCCUGUAAUUCUGAUUGGUCGGAGAACAUAGCCAGUCCGAACAAUACAUACGCGCCAGGCGCCGGCGGUCAUCAGGCCAACAAGGGCUCGGACGCCAUCUACAUUUGAAUGUGAUUUUACGCGAAACUGCGACUAUUUGUUGUUAGCUAGUGUAGGCGAUGAGCAGGGAGACCUUGAAUACAAAGAAACAGUCUUACUAUGACACGCAGGCAUUUUUCGGAAAGUAGCGCUCUACUAUUUCUAAAACUUCUACUUCUACCUAGCGGGAUAUUGAACAUUAUUUUGUGAUUAUCAUUAUAUGAAAAAAACAUAGUUCUUAAUACUGUAACUGACGAGGUCGCAUCAAGAGCAUGACACAAACAUUCAUACAAAAAUUUUCUGAGAAGAUUUGAUAUAAGAAGUAGACAAUUAUCCUGGACAUUUUUGAAACGUAUUGAAAAUAAUAAUUUGCUGUCACUGGAGUUUAUCUGACAGAAUACCGAAAAAUAAUAACCCGAAUCUUGUAAGUUCCAUUUCUUGGUCUAUAUUUUACCUUACUCUGUUCAAUGAACAUGUUUCCUAAGCUCUCAAAAAUAUUCACUGGAGUGAUGUUUCAGUCCACAAAGUGCUAUUAAUUUUCCAUACAUUUGAUAAUCUGAUUAAACUACUUUUUUAUGAUGCUCUUAUUUUUUCGUAAAAAACUUGCUUGCGUGUAAACCAUUACUAUUCUUUGGCCUAUUGUCAGAUACUAUUCAUUGACAAAACUAUAUUUUUGGUAUUCAAUUCCACACAGUGUCUAGAUUUUCCUAUUUAUCUAGUUUCAGACAUGUCACUACAUUUUUGUGUACGACUUGAUUGGUACAUUUUCAAUGAUCAAGCGACAUUAUUUUUCAUAGUAGAACUCUUUCUUAAAGUAUGUCUCCCUGCUACAAAAAGAAGUAUGCGUGUGAGUAUAUGAGUGAUAAUGGGAUUUUGUUGAAAUGGACAUGUGACCGUCGACCGCAGACCUCAAAACAGAGCAGUGCUCGUUUUUUUUUGAAAACCUUAUGCUAAUGAUCCUGUGAUAUGCGUAUUUUUCAUUUUUCUUUCUUCCAUUGAAAUCUCUCCUUUUAGUUCUCAGUAUACAUGUAGUAGGGAAAAACUGGUAGACCAAAGCUGCAAUUUUUUAUUUAAUUGAAACGCUAUUAUUAUUUUUUUACUCACAGGACUUCACAGCGUCUAAAUUAAUUUUGUAAAUAGGCAUAUAUUUUUGUGGUCUGUGGUGAGAACUUAGGACUAGCAACGUCCCAUCCUGUAGAGUACCAGGCAUAAAACAUUAGGAACUUGACCACCGAUCAACUCAGAAAAUUGAUAUAGUGAUAUUACAUCUUGUGCUGAUCAAAUGUUCCAAUAGCCGCAAUGCCCAGACAUGUUUUCUGUUGGAGAUACAGGGUGUUAAAGUUUGGUGCGAUAGCCCCUGUGGGUACGCCUGCCUGCACCAUUUUGCGAAAACUAACUUGUCUUUAAUAUACCCAGGGAACUUAACGAUAUAAAAAUUACGUGAACACUUACAAUAUAUCAACGUGAAUCACUUUCUAAAUAUACAGGAUGUUUCAAAAUUCCGUGUUUUUUAAUGUUAGAUACGUUAGAUAUUUGGAAAGGCCUUUUGAAAACAAGACGGUUGAUAUAACACGCUGUAAGAUUUUGAUCGGAAAUUUGUUUAUUUUCUUUUUUACAUUUUUCUGAAGAAAUGCCUAUUUUCGACUUCUGCCAUUUUGAAUAGUUAUUCACUGAAUUUAGGAAAGAGGAGUCAUUAAAAAAACACGUUUGCCAGGGAGUUGUACAACUUCUUGUAUCCCCAAAUAAUUUAGAAAUGCAUACUUAUAAGAUGUCAAUCUUGCCGCGCAUAUUGUUUUCUAUUAUCUUUUAUAGUUUUUCUAUUGAACUAUUUUCCAUUGUCGUUAGGACACCCUGUAUAUAUUGUAUGUGUUCACGUGAUUUUUAUUAUAUCGUUAUAUAUUAUAUUAUAUAAGUUCUCUGCGUAUGUUACAGAGCUAAUUCGUAAAACGGUGCAGGCAGGCUUUGCUACAGGGGCUAGAACACCAAACUUUAACACCCUGUAUCUCCGACAGAAAGCAUUUCAGGGCUUUGUGCCCAUUGAAGCAUUUGAUCAUCACAACAUGAAGUAUCACUAUACCAAUUUUCAUUUAAAUUGGUGGUCAAAUCCCACAUGUUUUGUGCAUGGUACUUUCUUCUUAAUUAUUGUAGUUGUUUCUAGCCUUCUAUUUAUGUCUAUUCUUACAGCUUUUGUUCGACUAGCUUCAGUUUCAUGGAUUAUUCUUUUCACAUGAAUUUCACAAACCUGGUAUAUCUAUUAUUAUUGCUUAUAUCGGUAUUCCAAAUUAUUUAUACCAAAAGAUUGACAUUAUUUAUUGGAAUCACAGUAGUUUUGAAGUUGGCGAGUAAUUUCUUAUACUUAUUCUCAUCAGAAAAUGUUCAAAGCUUCAAAAAUCUUUUUGUCUAUUUUGGCGUUGCUAGUUCUUAGUUUGUGGUUUUGUCAUGGAGCUCGUUCCCGAAAAGUUAUACUUCUCCUUCCCCUUAAUGGAUCUCUUAUUAGAAAGUUCUUUUUGUUUUUUAAAGCUAAAAGGAAAUAGAGGAAUAACUUUUUUGUAUCUGGGGAUCACAUGAUAUAUUUGGACAAUUUGUUGAAGGUCGAAUUGUUUCAUGACAAAAAACUGUUGCUAAUCACAGUAAAAUAAAUUACAGUUGUUAUACAGUUUUAAUGUAGAUUAAUGAGAUUUGUGUAUAUUUUAAAAAUCAGUUGAUAUAAAUAGGUUUUAUUUAUAAUUUACUAUAUUUUAUAAUUACAAAUCAGCUGAUUUCCUGUAAAAAGUACUGAUUAGUUAUGAUAUAGUACGGUUUAUAUUUAGGUAUUUGUUUCUGUGAAUGUCAAUAUUGAUGUAAUAGCCGUGUAAGGCCACUUUCACACGACGCGAGUAUCUUUCUAUACAUUGGGCCAUUAUCAAAACUUCACAAUAGCUGCAAUUUUAUCAUAUUUUUGCAGUCUUAUAUAUUUGACACAUCGUAUGUUCAAGGUAAUUAAUUUUUUUGUAUUUGGUAUUAGCCGUUAUGUUAUCUUUCCAAUAUGUUUCAUACUUUGCUGUGUGUCUUUGUAAUAGAGAAAAAAGUACUAAGUGUGGUGGUGCCAGAAUAGUGUGAAAGCACCUUUGACUAUAUAUGUGCCUUUAGGAAUGUUCAAGUGCCUUCAACGUACUCAAUUUUAGUGUAUGUAGACUGCUCUAAAAUGUUAUUUUAUUUUUUUAUAUGACGAGGAUCCUUGCAGAUAGCUUUCGCAUAUAUUGACAUUUACUCCUAUCAAUAGUUAUUAGGUUACAGAAAUCAUGCUUUGUACUAUGUGUUUUAAAUAAAUGAUACUUUUAUAUUAAAAUACAUUGGUAUAUUUU